UCAUUUCUUUUCUCUCUCUCUCUCAUAUACCAUUGGUUAUUUCAUUGGGUCCCUUUCUCUCUAUAUCUUCAUUUGUAUUUGUAAGUACAUGUCUCCUUUUACAUUUCACGACAACCUUCUCUGCACCUGCUGACUCCUAUUUCGCCAUUUUAUUACAACUUCUUUCACUACCACACAACUCUCUCUCUCCUCCAACCUUUUAUUAUCACCACCACAACUUCACUCUUCCAUUCAUCUUCUUCUUCUUCUUCUUCUUCUUCAUCCUCUCUCUCUCAUAAUGCAUCAACUUUCUUGCAACACUUCCUCUCAAGCACACGUCAUGGGACACUGUACAUGCGGUAUGUUUCAUGGACAAACACAAAACAAUUCAUUCUCUAUGUUAUUCUCUAAACCCUAUGAAGAAUCUCUUGAAACCUAUUGCUUUACACCUUCUUCCACUUCUUCUUCUGUUGACUGUACUCUCUCACUUGGAACUCCUUCCACUCGUUUCACUGAAGAUGAAGAGAAACGAAACCGACAUGAACGUCGCUCUGUUAAAAACUUCUGUUGGGAUUUACUAACUCCCAAACAGUACAACAGUACUCAAACAAAACCUACACGAGCAAGCAAUAUCAAUAACAACAACAACAAUAAUGAUUCUCUCCUUGCUCGCAGAUGCGCUAACUGUGACACUACCUCUACACCCCUUUGGAGAAAUGGUCCUCGUGGCCCAAAGUCACUGUGCAAUGCGUGUGGGAUUAGGUUCAAGAAGGAAGAGAGAAGAGCAAGUGCUGCUGCUGCUACACCGACUGCGGUAUCCGUGGGUGUAAUGGAAUCAGCUCCUAUGUAUAACCACCACCACCACCAUCACAACUCAUGGUUUGUCCAACAGCAGAACCAGAAGACACAGUGCUUCUCUCAGGCAAUUAGUAACGAAUUUCGCUUCAUGGAGGACACUGAUCGUGAUUCUGAGAAUGGCAUUCCAUUUCUCUCUUGGAGACUCAACGUCACUGAUAGAACAAGCUUCGUUCAUGACUUUACCAGAUGAAAUUAAAAUGAAUAGUUAUUAUAAUAAUAAUGAUAUAAUAAUAGUAGUAGAUUUACAAAAGAAUCUAGAACGGUCAAGACCAAUGAUAAUGAUGUAGAAGAUGUUCUUGAUUGUGAUGGUUAUGUGUUAUCCUCACAUGAUGUUAUUUUUUUCCUUCCAUUUUUGUUUUCUUCCUUUUCACUCUAUUUUACAUGAAAUGGAGUGAGAAUAUGGGAUAAUUCUAUAUUCUUAGUUUGCUUUUUUCUUAGCUUUCUCUUUCAGUUAUUAAUCUAUCUAUUAUUA